GUCAAAGUACAUACGGACGGCACCUUACAACUAAAUGACAUCGGUUUCUCGCCUUAAGGAUGAGGGCAAAAGGAAAGCAGUUGGGCUUCCAGUAAGCAGGUAGCGAGAGAAGUGGGCAGCACUGAAUCACAAAUGAAACACAUGAAGUUAAGCUCAUUUUUAGUAUUACUCGUUCCAAUAUUCAUAUUUCUAGCAAGCAACGCGUCUUGCAACAGCAACCCGGCACUUAACGCCUUCUUCUCGGAGUUAGAUAAGAACCACGACGGCUCUAUCGACGCCAACGAAGCCUCGAAGUUUAUCGGCGGCAGCAUCGGUGGUCAGGAAUUUGAUGAGCCUCAGGAAGCAGCCGAGGCUGCUGCAUCCUUCCUCACCUCCAUCGACGGAGGUGAUGCGGGGAACACCGUCUCUGUAGACGAGCUAGACAUCCACCUACACAACGUCCUGAGCGGUGUGCGCGUGUGGGAAUGGAUACGCCACGGCCUGGGGCUGCCGCAGUACAGCGAGGCAUUCCGGCGCCAUUCCAUCACACCACUUGACUUCCCGGUGCUGGUGCAGCACAACGGGCGGGUGCUAGAGGAGGAGCUCGGGGUUGCCAGUCCCUUUCACCGUGCCAAGCUGGUUCGCGCCAUCCGGCU